AUGAAAGACUCAUCGCUGAACCGCCAUGAACUGGAAGAUGCUGCAUCUUCAAGUCCAUCGAAUGAAGAGGAUUUUCAAGGUUCAUAUGGAGAUACUAAAGGCAAACAGAACGAAACAUUAGCAGCAGCGGCUGCUCAUCUAGAAUCGUCUAGGAAACUGGUUGUGAACGCCAUAGCUACAUCACGGGAGAUGCCCAAUCUGGGACCAGAAUCCAAAUCUUCUAGUGGAUUAAGUCAUCUGGGAUCGUCUUCGUAUCUUUCUGGAGAAUCCUCUUCGUAUAAAGGACACCAGCAGACAUCAUUCGAACCGGCUCGGGGGACUGCAAACGAGUGCCAAAACGAUUCGUUCGAUGCAUUCAUUGAGUCCAAUAUUGAGGCACUGGUGACCGAUUGCCAAAAUGGGUCUUCAUUUAUAGACCAAGAAGCAUCAGAUGGCUUAGCUGUGUUAGAACUUCUCUCUCAUCAGGAAGACGAGUCGCACAGCCUAGCAUUCAAUCUAGAGCAUGACUCCCUUGCGCCUGGGGAAGAUCUAUCAUGGAAUGCGCCUUUAGAGGAGAUUCCCAGCGACCAAGAAGAAAAAGAGAAGGAAGAGCGGCUCGACUUUACUCCCGACUUUAUUACUAGACCUGAAAAUUCGCAGCAAGCUGAGGCCUAUCUUGGAAUCGGCGAUAUUCGAGAAACAAGCAACACAUGGCUUGGGUACUGGCAUGACGUCUUCACAGCAUACAAUGCGCGAGUGUGGGGCAAUUCGCCAUUAGAGACGACUUCAAGAACACCUGAACAGCAAGGCGACGACAGCAGCGAGCCAGCAACGAUCACUCGCGCGCUUAGUAGACUAAAAUUAAUCUUCCAUCAUCUGAAAGGUUAG